CACCACCACCUUCUUGGGUUCAUGGGCUUCGACCUCACCUGAGCGCGUAAGAGCCUGAAACCAGCAGCGAACGCGUGGGCAAGUCAACCAACUUCACCCAACAAGUUCCUCCAUUUCAGCAAAAAAAAGAGAUAGAAAGAAGGAAAAAAGGAAAAACUAAAAGAGAAGCCCGAAAUAAAAAUUUUUUAAAGACACGGACACGGAGAAUCUGAGUGGCCACUGUACCGGGGAUGCCAGUGUAGAUGCCAGUGUAGAUGCCAGUGUAGAUGCCAGGCAGGGCGAUGUCCCGUCGCAAGCAGGGAAACCCUCAGCAUCUAUCACAGAGGGAGAUUCUAAGCACUGAAGACGAGCAUGUGGAUGCAGACCUGUCGCUGGCCGAGCUCGCCGGCCGCCACACCCCCAUGCUGCUGGACCCCAACAUGGUCGCCCCUCUGCCUCCGGGCCUCGGAGACCAUGACCUCCUGACGUGUGGCCAGUGCCAGGAGACCUUUCCGCUGGGCCACAUCCUGCUCUUCAUCGAGCACAAGAAGAAGCAGUGCCACGGCCACGGCGGCAACCACGGCUGCUAUGACAAGAUGGCAGACCGGAGCAGCCCCUCGCCGCCCCGCGCCGAGCUGAGGAAGGUGGAGGAACCGGUCGAAAUCGGAAUCCAGGUGACGCCCGAGGACGAAGAUCACAGACUGCUGACGCCUCCGAAAGGAAUUUGCCCCAAGCAAGAGAGCGGCCUGGCAGGUAGAGAUGAACCUUCAAGCUACAUAUGCACAACAUGCAAACAACCCUUCCCCAGCGCCUGGUUCCUCCUGCAGCAUGCCCAGAACACACACGGGAUCCGCAUCUACCUGGAACCCAACAGCUCCAACACUUCGCUUACUCCACGGAUAACUCUUCCUCCUCCUAUUGGUGCUGAGUCAAUACCCCAAUCACCCUUGACCAACUUCUUAGGGGACAACAACCCUUUCCAUUUGCUCCGGAUGACCGGGCCGCUGCUCAGAGAACCCACACCGGGCUUCGUUGAAAACCGUCUCCCAAACACACCGCCAUUUGUUAGCCCCCCUCCACGGCACCAUCUAGAUCCCCAUCGCCUGGAACGCCUUAGCGCAGAGGAAAUGGGUUUGAUUUCCCAGCAUCCUAGUGCCUUUGAGAGAGUGAUGCGCUUGACACCCAUGGCCAUGGAGACCCAAUCCAUGGAUUUCUCGCGCCGUCUGCGAGAGCUGGCGGGCAAUAACAACUCCACCCCUCCGCUCUCACCCAGUCGUGCCAACCCUAUGCACCGCCUGCUCAAUCCUAACCCCUUUCAGCCUAACCGCAAGUCACCCUUCCUGAACACCCCUCCACUGCCACCAAUGCCCCCAAACAGCACCACGCCACCACAGACACAGGACAAGAGCAAAUCCUGUGAAUUCUGUGGGAAGACCUUCAAGUUCCAGAGCAACCUGAUAGUGCACCGGCGAAGCCACACAGGAGAGAAGCCUUAUAAGUGCCAGCUGUGUGAUCAUGCCUGUUCUCAGGCCAGCAAGUUGAAGCGCCACAUGAAGACCCACAUGCACAAACCCGGCUCGGUGACAGGUCGCUCAGAUGAUGGUCUCUCUACUACUAGUUCACCUGAGCCAGGUACUAGUGAUGUCACAGGAGAUCCUAUGAAGAACAGGGAUGGUGACUUCCAUGGUGAAGGAUUAGGGGGAGACAAUGAAGAAGAGGAGGAGGAUGAAGAAGAGGAGGAACUGGAAAAUGAGAGUAGGCCUGAGUCAAACUUCAGUAUGGACUCGGAAUUUAGCCGUAACAGGGAAAACGGCUCCAAACCACAAAAUGACGAGAAGAGCCUCUCUCUUAGUAAAAUGGUAGACAAUGUGGGGAUGAACUCUAUUCAGCAGUACAAUAACUUGAUCGUUGACAAUCGAAAAAGGCUUCCCUUUUCAAAGAGGGGCUCAGAUGGACAGAGAGACACAGGAGAUGAGGACUCUGUGGUAGAGGAAAUGGAACAUGUGGAGCGGGCCACAGUGAAUGGCAGGAACUGUGGCUCGGGUGAUUCUUUCUCAGGCCUGUUCCCUCGCAAGCCCACCCCUAUCACCAGUCCCAGCCUCUCCAAUUCCUCCAAAAGGAUCAAAAUAGAGAAAGACUUAGACAUGCCCCCAGCAUCUCUAAUCCCCUCAGAGAAUGUCUACUCUCAGUGGCUGGUGGGUUAUGCUGCAUCACGACACUUCAUCAAAGACCCCUUCCUUGGCUUCACCGAUUCCAGACAAUCGCCUUUCGCCACCUCCUCUGAACACUCGUCAGAAAAUGGCAGCCUACGGUUCUCCACUCCUCCCGGGGACCUGUUGGAUGGGGGCCUUUCUGGACGCAGUGGCACUGCCAGCGGUGGCAGCACGCCUCAUCUGUCUGGAGGCCCGGGACCAGGACGUCCUAGCUCUAAAGAGAGCCGGCGCAGCGACACGUGUGAGUUCUGCGGCAAGGUUUUCAAGAACUGCAGCAACUUGACGGUGCACCGGCGUAGCCACACGGGCGAGAGGCCCUACAAGUGCGAGCUGUGCAACUAUGCCUGUGCGCAGAGCAGCAAGCUCACCCGCCACAUGAAGACGCAUGGGCAGCUCGGUAAGGAAGUGUACCGCUGUGACAUUUGCCAAAUGCCCUUUAGCGUCUACAGCACGCUAGAGAAACACAUGAAAAAGUGGCAUGGCGAACAUUUGAUGACGAACGAGGUUAAAAUUGAACAAGCUGAACGAAGCUAAGCCAGAUUUUCCAUUUUGCCUCACAAUUCCUUGAAUAUUAAAAAAGGGUAGCUGGAUACUCUGUUUUUUUUUUUCUUUUUCAAAUAAUAAUAAUAAUAAAAAUAUUGAUGAUUUUAAUUAGAUUUGCCUAAGAAACUGCCAUCUGAGAAAAAAGACAAAAGCUAAGGGAAAUUGGAGCGGGUCUAAACUGCCUAGUUUGGCAAUUUUUUUUUCAGUCUGUCUAACCAUGGACGAAUUAGAUGAUGUUUAAAUGGAGCCUUUAACUGUGCAAUAAUUUCUGUAUUUAUUGGAUUUCGUAUUGUUUUGGCAUGUGCAGGUGCAUUUUUCUUUCGUUUUUUUUUUCCGUUGUCUUAACUUUUAAAUUCAAAUGCUGUGAUGUUUUGUUGUUGUUCUUAAACCCAGACGAAACAAAAACCUGAGAUUUAAUUUUUCUCCACAUACAGAGUACGAUUUGAGAGAUCUUCAGGCCGCUGCUCAUGAAAUUUAAGCUACAUGUAAUUUCUUGAAGAGAAGCCGGGUUCGAUUUUUUUUUUAAGAAACUGAGAAAGCUAAUUUUUGUUUGUUUGUUUGUUUGUUUAAUUGAUUAGACAUAUUAGGAUAUAAGCGGACAACAAUCCUUAGACUUUGUAGCAUGAACUGAUUUCAGACUCGUCAAUCUAAUUGGAAAUGUACAGUAGCACUGAUUGUCGGACAUGACGGUAAAUCUGGAGGGGUUUUUGGUACUAAGUACCGAUCCAGAAAAGACUAGGAAAAUUUUUUGCUCCAGUUCUUGCUCAGAUGCUAAUAAUGCACAGACAUAAUUAAGGAACAGGUCUUUUUUUCUCUUGUCCUUGGUUGCUUGAUGGCUAGAGCAAACUCCAAGUAUCAACACGACUACCUACAGUACCUAGCUAUAAUUAAUUAUAACCACACUGACAUUCCACAGUCAGCCAAACGGUCUUUUAUGGGUUGAUAUCGAUGAUGGAGAUUAUGCAGGAGAAAUACUAUUUAUUAUCUUAGCUAGCACUUCUAAUUCUAAUGAUUUGACAAGAUAAGUUGAUUGAACGUUAGGGUAAAAUGUUGAACCGAUUUUGCCAGAUUAGCUGGAAGAUUCAGUCAUCCACUCAUUAAUCAUAUGUCAAAGUGCAUUUUUUAAUGUAUAUACCAAUUUGCAAUCAUUUGAACAAAAAAAACAUUUAUAAUGUACUGUAAAGGUGAACACAUACACAAAUCGUAUGCACGGAAAAAAAUGUUUUAAUCUGUUUAAGCGAAAACAGUAAGACUAUCUUUUUCUUUCUCUCUUCUCAUUCAGGACUUCCUGUGAUGUGUAGUUGAAGUAGCAACACGCAUAAAGAAUGCGCAGCUGAUUUUUUUUUAAAGCUUCCCUUCCUUUUCCUUUCCUUUCCUCUCCCAAACCCCUCCUUUUUGUUUUCUCUCAACGAUCACUCCCAACACCUAAAUCCCAACCUUGAUUUGUAUUUUACCACACUGAUAUAUAGAAUCGAGGAGAUAACAUGGUUUAAACAAACAAAAAAAAAGACAGAAAGAAGAAGAAAAAGAAGAGAGAAAAUCAGCCGCAUCUCUUUGCAGUUCGUCACCGCACUUUAUGAUUUGUCUUUGUGCAUUCACGACUUCAUGGAGAAAACGGCUUCUGAGCAAGAAAUUACGCGGAAAGAAAGGAAUUUUUUUUUCAGUUUUGCGAAAGGGAUCAUCUGAGAUUCAAGUGCCAGUGUUGCAAGGCUUGGCUUUCACAGCACCGACACUAUAAAAGUGAAAUUAAUUUAUUUGGACGUUUUUUUUUUGUACUGCCGCAUCAAUUUGACAUGAGUGUGCCUUGAAUACUGAAUACUGAUCUUCCUAUUUAUUGUCUCGCAAAAAGACAUAAUGCAAAAAUUUUUUUUUGUGCAAAAAAAAAAGUCCGUAGAUUAAAUCUGCUUCUAAAAAAUGAACGAAUCAGCGAUCGUAAAUAAUUCUUGAAUGGAGAUUCUUGAUAAAGAAUAAACAGCACAACAGUAAUGUGUCUGUGUUUGUAGAUAUGUAUGUGUAUGUACAUAUAGCACAAACACACACACAUUAUAGACGUAUAUAUGUAUAUUUCUUCACUUCAGGAUAUGACGCAAUCCCUAGGUUAAACAUUGUUUUUCUUUUUCUUUUUUCUUUUGCUACAAAUAGACAAGGAAGAGACUGGACGAACAUCAGGAACUACAGAAACUAAAAAAAGACAUUAGUGCACUCUGUCUUAAAAUACGUUUACAGUAUUGAAACAAGGGUAAAAUAAUAUUUCUGUGUAUGCGUGUUUCAAACAAAACAAGUAUUUUUUGUUUGUUAGUUUUUCAUUGUUUUUUUUUCUUCUUUUGCUUAUAAAGUUUCUCUGAAUGCCACAGUGGCUAUAUGUAUAUUGGUUUUUUGGUG